AUGAAAUCUUUUGUUGCCUCAGUGCUGGUUUUCGCCUUUUGUAUCUCCGUAGGUAAGGUGUGACCGUUAUUAUGUCAGGUGUAGCAAGCUUUAAAGGGGUGCUAUGCUGAUUCAGGUAACCUCACGCAAAUCAUUACAUGCAAUCGCAUCGUUGUUACCACUUUGGCAUAUAUAUCAAAUAUGGGGCGCGGCCAUCUUCCACGGCAAUUUCGUGAGAUGAUUUUUUGUUUUGUAGUCGAUUUGUGAACUUCUCUGUAUGGGUACCUACUGGGCCACUGUUUUCGUUGCGGGUUUUCCAUCAAACUAAAUGAAAUCGUCGCAUAUCAAGAAUUAUUUUGCGUGGUAACACUCCAACGUGCAACACAGUUUUUGGCAGAUCUAUUUGCCGACAUCGCACGAUUAAUUUUUUCAACCUUUACUGGAAUAGUCUCUAAAAUCGUCGUUUCAGUAGAAGUGAUCGCCGAGACUUCGAUUUCGCAAGCAAUACCCAUAGAGGGCGUAAUUUGUACGGAUUGUGCGUUGUUGAUGUUGUCAAGCUUUUUCAAAAGGGGUUCAGUGAAAUUUGGCAAAAUAGAUAACGUUGAAAAACAGGAAAUUUAUUUGAGAGUCAAUGUAUUUAGCACGAAAGUAUUAAUUGGAGACACCAUUUUUUACCUCUUCUAUUAGAGACGGGACCGCCAUUUUACGUGGUCCUCCGAGCAGGGUGAAGGUCUAGCCAUCUGGGCCCAGUUGUUCGAAGGCCGAUUAGCGCUUAACCCAGGGUUAAAUUUAACCCGGGUUUCCUUUUGUUGUGUUCAAAAUCAUUUACCAGGAUAAUUUUGUCUCUUAUUUUUAGAGCUUCCGAUCAUCAACUUGUAGACAAAAAGAAUUAAAACUGAAAUGCUUUUUAAGCUUUCAAAUCUUAAUUCAAAUCUCGCACUAACCCUGGGUUUUCUUAACCCAGCUUUGAACAACUCGGCCCUGAAGGGCAAAGGCAGUACCUUCAUUUCUAAGUUAUUUUAAGACCCCGAGUAUUGGUCUAGACUCGAGAAUCAAACCCGCGACCUGCCGCUCUGCAGUCAAGCGCUUUACCGACUGAGCUAACCCUGCCCCGUUAAUUUCGCAAGCUGUUGGGAACGCUAAUUACUUUAGCGUGAGGUAUCCCUGUUAAUUACAUGCUCCUAAUAAUAACCUGGAAAUGUUAGUCUUAAAGCUUCAUUGUUGGUCGACAAAGAGAUUAUGUUCUUUCAGCGGAUUGUUGUGGGGGGUACAAAGAACGGUAGCUCUUGAAAUAUCGUUUGCUGUUCGCUUUCACCAUAGUUGAUAAAGUGGAGUUGUUAUGAAGCCUAUCAGACUUUUUUGUAUGUUUUCUCUUGUUAGUUUUUUCCGACUUCCACCGAUAAAGACCUUGCAGUAAAUUACUCAGUCACGAUUUGUGAAAACAAAAAAGAUAAAGCUCUCCAACAUAUACUCCAGCACGGUUGUUUUUAUCUCUCACAUAUGCAUGCCCUUGAUAUUCAACUCAUUUUUCAAAAUCGCACUCCUUCGUGUUUGAUGUUCCAUAACUUUGGCUGUAGUGCAUGUAAGGAAAAGCCAUAAAAUGAAACAACAUAUCUAACAUUGAACUUAAUUUUUGAGCCAUGUUUUGUUGACAUUGCCGCUUCCAUAGCAACAACAAUUUGGGAAUUUUCUCGAAAUCUAGCCAUACUAAAUAUUCUAGAAUGCUAACAGGUUACACCGUCGUUUUUACCUUGGCAGGGUUUGAAAAAAAAACCAAUGAUAGUGUUUUUGAGAUAUAAUGUUCUAAACAUUUUGAAUCCACAAAAAUGCCUUUUUCACUUUUUGUUUUUGAAUGAUCAAAAAUGAUGCUUUACAGCGCCUGAAAAACCCAUAUUUAUAUACCUAGCUUAAGGUACGGCUCAGUUCUUUCAAUGGUGGUGAAAAAAAAUUGGCAAGCAACCUUUGUGAUCACACAUUUUUCUAUUCUUACUCAGAAGAUACGUUUACUCGUGUGAGCGCAAAAAAGUGUUCUCUUUAAGCUUAAAGCCGCAGUUUAUAAACCGACUCGAUAUUUUUUAAAUUGCUAAGGAUUUUUAAAAAGUGAAAUUUCAAAGCCAUUAAAAAUUAAUGAAAUAAAACUGAAUUUGUGGUGAAUAUCUGCGCUCAGUUGACUUCGUAAUGGCCACUAGCAGUGGCCGCAGUAUGUGUAAUCAAAUGGUGACGAGUGAAACUAUUCCCUAAUUUCAAGAGUAUACCAUUUGAUUAAAUUUGGCUUAAGUUCAAAAUUUUUGGAAUUUUUCGACAAAACACAUGUUAGAAUCCUUCUUCAUGUACUUUUUCGUGUGUUCCGGUUUUCUAAAGCGUCUUUUAAUGCCCUGGGGCCCGUUUCUCGAAAGUCCCGAUAAUUAACGGGCCCGGUAAGCUGUCUCCGUUUACAUUAAAGGUCGAGGUUUCAAUAGUUUUGCAUCUAACAUGAUAAAACUGUCAGUUAAUGAAACAAAAUGGAGUAGUUUGCUAGCCAGGACCCGCGCUCUUAUUCUUUAUAUUUCGAUUUGAAUAUUUCAUUUCGGGCCCGUAAAGUUUCCGGGACUUUCGAGAAACGGGCCCCUGUAUGGCAAGCCAAAUGUAGCAAUAUUCAAGUCGUUUAAUUUUAUAUGUAGUUUUGUAUUAUGUUUUCAACUAUGCGUUUAAUAUUCAACUUAUAUUCAACAUUCAACGCGUUAUUCAAUAUUCAAAUUCGCAUUCAACAUUUAACUAUUUAUUUUAUAUUCAAUUCCUUAUUUACCCAUUCAAUUAUCUAUUCAACAAUUUCAACGAUUUAUUCAACAUUCAACUUUAAUUUUUAAAACAUUCAACUAUUCAUUUAACAUUGAACUUUAAUUCAACAUUCAACUAUUCAUUCAACAUUCAACUAUUUAUUCAACAUUCAACUAUUCAUUCAACUCUUUUGAGCCCUCACUACUUCUGGUCAGUGACACGGAUCAUUGCUCGUUAAAAACAUGGCGGUGGUGGCGGCUAGAAUGCCAGCUACGGAAAUAGAAGCUUAUGAAGAUGACACAAGGCUGCACUUCGAUGUGGAGUCUGACUUUCCAAGGUUUCUUGACCCGGUUUUACGAAGAACUGACCAGAUUUCCCAGACGAAAGUGGAUGAUGAAAUUGUGGAGCAGCAUAUUGUCGUUGUCGAUCAAACGGUGCGUUUGCUUUGUAUACCCAGGUAUACCCCGAGACAGCAGUUCGAAUAUUAACGCCUAUGACAAAGAAACCUUAGAUAAUCUCUCAUCAGCAUUCAGUGAUGUCGAUCAGCCCUGCAGCAAUGUUUAGCCAGAGCAGCCGUGUCUCCCACCACAAUUGUAUGGGUAUGACCCAGAGGGCCCCUCUCCUUCGGAAGAAGAUAACAACGUUGUUGUCGAAUCAAUUUCUUUAGAUAAAAGGCAUUCAAUAGAGUGCUAUGUGUUGGAUGCUGUUGACCCUCUAACCCAGUCCACUCAACUGGGUAUCGAUCUUUAUAUUCAAGCCCUAGACCUGGUCAGGGAUAGAAUGGAAUGAUAGUUAGAUCUCCCUGGAACAGAAAAUUACUACCCAGACGUGAGGAGGACAGGCUCCUAUGUAAAAGUGAUCAGGAUGCUUGUGGGGGAAAUUACAACUACACCCCUAAAAAAAAACAAUGUGGGUAGGGAUCGGGCUUUAUUUGACCCCUAGGAAGAUGCUCAUUUUUGACAAGUCUGAAAAAGACAGGUGCAUGUUCAAUUGUUUAAAUUACUACUAAUAAUAUAAUAGGACUUAAAGAUAAUGCUUGUGUAGAGUAUCUGGGGUUUCCACUUUCACCAGCGAGCCCACCAAAGAACAUUUCUCAUGGGAGUCUGAGAAAAUGAAUGUCAAAUUUCACAAAAUUACAUCUUACACUUGAAAUUUUCAGAAUUUUACCCAUGUUUUCACAAUUCUUGUGAAUUCUUAGUAGUAAUUUUCUGUUCCAGGGAGAUCUAACUAUCAUUCCAUUCUAUCCCUGACCAGGUUUAGGGCAUGAAUAUAAAGAUCAAUACCCAGAUGAGUGGACUGUGCUAGAGGGUCCACAACAUCUAACACAUAGCACUCUAUUGAAUGCCUUUUAUCUAAAGAAAUUGAUUCGACAACAACGUUGUUAUCUUCUUCUGAAGGAAAGGAGCCCUCUGGGUCAUACCCAUACAAUAAUAUUGUGGUGGGAGACGGCUGCUCUGGCUAAACAUUGCUGCAGGGCUGAUCGACAUCACUGAACGCUGGUGAGAGAUUAUCUAAGGUUUCUUUGUCAUAGGCGUUAAUAUUCGAACUGCUGUCUCGGCGUAUACCUGGGUAUACGAAGCAAACGCUCCGUUUGAUCGACAACAACAAUAUGCUGCUCCACAAUUUCGUCAUCCACUUUCGUCUGGGAAAUCUGGUCAGUCCUUCGUAAAACCGAGUCAAGAAACCUUGGAAAGUCAGACUCCACAUCGAAGUGCAGCCUUGUGUCAUCUUCAUAAGCUUCUAUUUCCGUAGCUGGCAUUCUAGCCGCCACCGCCACCAUGUUUUUAACAAGCAAUGAUCUGUGUCACUGACCAGAAGUAGUGAGGGCUCAAAAGAGUUCAAUGAAUAGUUGAAUGUUGAAUGAAUAGUUGAAUGUUGAAUUAAAGUUGAAUGUUGAAUAAAUAGUUGAAUGUUUUAAAAAUUAAAGUUGAAUGUUGAAUAAAUGGUUGAAAUUGUUGAAUAGAUAAUUGAAUGGGUAAAUAAGGAAUUGAAUAUAAAAUAAAUAGUUGAAUGUUGAAUGCGAAUUUGAAUAUUGAAUAACGCGUUGAAUGUUGAAUAUAAGUUGAAUAUUAAACGCAUAGUUGAACACAUAAUACAAAACUACAUAUAAAAUUAAACGAAUUGAAUAUUGCUACAUUUGGCUUGCCAUACCCCUGGCAUCUUCAUUCAUAACAUUUUAAAACUUCGUCGCUAUUUGACAUUAGGGACUUUAAGAUAGGUGACUACGGUCGCCUGGGACGGUUAGAUAGAUGUCACGUCACGCAAAACACGCGUGACCUUUUACCGUCGUCCUUCUGGGACGGUAUGUUUUCGCCGGGUUUCUCGUCGUGAAGACAACGGUGAAACCGAUAAGAGUUCAUGCGUACUUAUUGUCACUUUUCUUCUAAAACUGAGUAGCCAAUGGGUUAAAUAUGCGUUGGCUUGUGUUUACAUUGAUUUACCCAUCGGUGAAAUGAAAAAGAAAGCGAAAAUAUCAGAAAUAUCUGAGUUCAUUCAUAACUUAGCUCGCGGUCGCAUGGCGACUGCUUGUUUUCUACCUAGUGUCGUCCGCCAUGGCAGAGGAAAAUUGCCGAAAAGAAAGGUAAGACCCAGUUCAAACGUUAAUCUUUUCAUGUACCGAACUUAAUACCUAUUUAGGUCGACCCAAAUGGUUCGAGGUUGAUUCAGGCGUCGAACUUAAAGUGUAGUCGAACUCGAUUCAUUUUCACGAUGCUUUAAACAAGUGAAAAUAAAUUUUAGUAAUUUGUGCUUUAGUUUCGGCACAUGAGAAGUUCGACGUUUCAACUGGGCCUAACAGUGAUGAUUGUAGUCGUCUUUUGUAUAACUUAAAACUGUAUUUUUAUCAAGAAAACAUUUCCUUAUAACUCAAAAGGUGUUGGCUUAGGGAAGGAAAGUUCAAAUAAAAACAUCGACUACAGUUUUGAAAACUAGCUAGCUUUAAUUUGUACCCUUAUUCCUCUGAUUGGUAUUCUUCGUAUAAAAUAAAAAACUCUUCUUCAGUAAUUGAGCCUUCUGUGAGAGAAAUGACAAGCGAGUUUCGCACAUGACUUCACCGUCCUCUGUUUUGUUGUCCGAUCUUAAAUUGAAAAUUUUUGUGGCUUCUUACCGUCAUGGCCCCAGGCCACCCGUAUACGCAUCCAACCGUCCCAGCCUACCGUAGUGACCUAUCUUAAAGUCCCUAUUAAGACGUACGGACGGUUGCCAUGGCAAUUUUGUAAUUUCACUUGUGAAACCAUAAAUUAACGCUGUAAAUUCGCGCCAAAAUUAAGGAGUAAUUCGUCACCUAUGAUACUAACUGAGUUAUUUCCCGGGGGAGGGACUCCGGAUAUGAAAGGAGUGGGGAUGCUCGUCGUCUAGCUUAACGGUGUAAAUUUCGCAUUUUGGUCUCACUUAGGGUGUUCUGGGCAAAACGCCAUUGUAUUUAGCCGUGAAGGUCUCGUUUAGGAUUGCAUGCGAAAAAAUAUAAAAUAUAUAUAUAUUGUCUGUGUCUUAACAUGGUCUCUUUUAGGGGUUUAAUUCAAAAUUUCCGAUAAGCAUCCCCACCCCUUUCAUAUGCGGAGUCCCCCCCCUCCCGGGCCCAUAUAGUGGGGAAGACGCGAGAGUAUUUCUUCAGUUAUCAAAGUAACGUAGCGCCUCUAUUUACACUUCUUGUUUAUAUAAAUCAGAAGAAAAGACAGACUUGACCUCACUUUCUACCACUUGAUCUACCUAUUUCUUCAGAAAAAUGUUUCUUGAAAAAUAUUGUGGAAGCUCCGCUUUGGGCCUUUGCUAAACUUGAAUGCAUGUAGAGUGGGGGGUUUUUUGUAGACGUCGCCGCCCUUGUAAAGGAGGAUGAAACGAGCACUGAUUUAUUUUUUGAAUAAGGCAUUGAUCUUUUUUUUACAGUACGAGCAAAAUAUUCAUCUAACUGUUGUGGUACUCAAGUCUCUGGAAUUAUAUCUAAUGCUUGUUUUUCAAUCCUGGAUUAGACUUUAACCCUUUCCUGACGGGUAUUAUAUAUGCUAACCCUUAUACUUGGAAUAAAAUGAUAAUCAUAAACAAUACAAUUGCGAUUUUUCACUUUCAUUUGUAGGACAGGGUAUCAAGUGCUACCGGUGUGAAGCAUCUACAAAUUGGGAUGACUGUGUUAACAGAAACGAAACGUCGUGUGAUUCUGGCUCUGACAGAUGUUUGAAAGGCCAUGUGGAAGCAGAAAAAAACGGCACAACCACCAAAUCUUACGUAAGGGUAUGUUCAACGAAAGAGGUAUGCGACAAAGGUUGCGAUACGUUUAAAGACGAGGGUUAUGAUGUCAAAAAUUGCGACUUCUCCUGCUGUGACAAAGAUCUGUGCAAUGGAGCCAAGGUACCAAUGGCCAGUGGUUUCCUAUUCUUGGCAUGCGCUUUUGCAGUUUUUGUCCGUUAA